AUGGGAACGAGUUCGUGUGGCGAUGGCAAGUUCGGGGUGUUGCUAUAUUACAAGUACACCUCUGUUCCUGAUCUAGAUGAGCUCGUUGCCUUCUAUGAAUCUAGCUGCAACUCACUCGGUCUACUCGGACGAGUCAGGCUCUCCACUCAUGGCGUCAAUGUCACCGGGAGGACAGGAUCACUAGCAAGGAGGACAGGAUCACUAGCAAAGAAACUGAAGAAUGUCGCCGAGCUUGUGUUCAUUGAUGCGCCGCACGAACUACAGUUUAUCUACCAGACUGCAACCACCCCUCCUCCACUCGUGGCAUGCAACAAGAAGUUUGCGUGGUUGGUGUCACCAGAGUUUGAUAAGCCGAGUGAAACAGGCUGGACAAUUGCCCAAUCCCAGUUUGAUCCACUGCAGUAUCAGAACCAAACCGAAGGGUUUGACAAAUCGUUGACAUACUUAAAGAAAGCUUUUGCAGAGAAAGGUCCUUUUGAUGGCAUUCUAGGAUUCUCUCAAGGAGCAGCAAUGGCUGCUGCAGCUGUAUGCGCGAAACAAGAGCGGCUCUUAGGUGAAAUAGACUUCAGGUUCUGCGUGUUGUGCUCAGGUUUCACUCCUUGGCCUUUGAUGGAGAAGAAAGAGCAAGGGUCGAUCAAGUGCCCUUCACUUCACAUUUUCGGAAGCCAGCCUGAAAAAGACAGACAGAUUGUGACUCAAGCAAGCUCAGAGUUGGCGGGGCUGUUUGAUGAAGGAUGCUCCACCGUAAUAGAGCACGACUUUGGCCACAUCAUUCCCACCAAGUCUCCUUAUAUUGAUGAGAUUAAAGCUUUUCUUAACCAAUUCGUUUGA